AUGGACCUCAGGACGGGCUGGGACUUCCGGCUCGAGGAGCAGAGGAAGCGAGCGAGAGCGGAGAGUGAGGAGGUAGAUCCUGCCUUCCUCAUCAUGUCUCCUGUAUGCACCCCGUUCUCACAGCUGAUGGAGCUGCUGAAGGCGAGCGGCAAGCGCGAUGAGGUCAAGUUUCAGAGGCUGCUCGCGGAGUGCAAGGUCUUCCUGGGCUUCUGUAUGGAGCUGGCGGAGUGCAUCAAGAGCAUCAGGGAGCUGCCCGGCGUCAUAGUGGUCAAGGGCAGCCAGUGCGUGUUCGGAGCCAAGUCGUACUGGCCGGACGGCUCGGAGGGCCUCGUGGCGAAGCCGACGGGCUGGAUGACGAAUAGCCGCGAGGUGGCGAAGCAGGUGGGGGUCGUGUGUGACGGCUCCCACGAGCAUGUGCACCUCCUGGAGAGGAGGGCGAAGGCGGCUGAGAGGUACCCCUUAGGGCUGGUGAAGGCAAUCCUGAAGGGCAUCAGGAACGAGCUCAAGAUCGGUAGAGGGAUCCAUGCGUUCGAAGUUGGUCAGACCGCGGAGGAGCCGGAGAUCCUGGACCAGGCGACCGAGGAGGAGAUGGCGACCUUCUACGACGGGAUCAGCGGUGCGGUGCUGGACCCGGUAGACGUCAAGAACGCGCGCAUGGGCGAGAUGGGCUACAUGAGCAGGCUCGGAGUGUUUGAGAGGAGAAAGAUUCCCGAGGCGUUGCAAGUGACGGGAACCAAGCCGCUUCCAAGCGGCUGGGUCGACACCAACAAGGGCGACGAUCAGAAACCAGAACAACGGAGUCGGUUGGUGGCGAAAGAGGCGCGGGAGCUGAGCACCCUUGGGCCUGAGGACGCUGCGGCGACCUUCGCGGCGACCCCGCCGCUGGAGGGCCUGAGGAUGAUUCUGUCUAUGGCGAUGACAGGGCGGCAUGAAGAUCGAGUGCUGACCUUCAUCGAUAUCACAAGAGCGCAUCUACGCUCGGAGCUGCAGAGGCCUGUGUACUUGAAGGCGCCAGCGGAGGAUCUAGAGUGCAAGGAUGACGAGUGCUGGCUGCUGCUGAAGGCCAUGUAUGGGCUGAGAGAUGCCGGCUCAUCAUUCGACCUGAAGGCGGAGGACAUCAUGGUGAGGAUCCUGAAGUCGAAGCAGGGCGAGUUCUCGCCUUGCAUCUACCAGGUUGGCAAGCUGGUCGUUUGGGGGCACGGCGACGAUUUCGUGGCACUCGGCGG